AAUCUAUAUAGUUUUGUGUUUUGAAAUUAUAAGUUUGAAUUGAUUUGAUAAAUGCAGAUAUUUGGGUGAUGGGUGGAGCAGUCAUGUACAUCAAAGAUGACUUUGAGUUAACGGACGUCCAAUGGAGAUCCUCGCCGGGAUACUGAACGUGUUCUCUCUGGUUGGUUCCGCCGCGACCUCCGACGGGAUUGGCCGCCGGUACACCAUGGUGGUCGCCUCCGUGAUCUUCUUCGUGGGUGCCAUCCUCAUGGGUUUCGCCACCAACUACGCUUUCCUGUUGGCGGGCCGCUUCGUCGCCGGUGUCGGAGUGGGGUACGCCCUCAUGAUUGCUCCCUUUACACCGCCGAAGUCUCUCCGGCGUCCUCCCGUGGCUUCCUCACCUCCUCCCCUGAAGUUUUCAUCAACGCCGGCCACCGGAAUCGACAGCCCGAAGAUUUUCGAGAACGCCGGGAUAAAGUCCGACAACAACAAGCUGCUGUGCACGGUGGCGGUCGUCGGGUUCGUCAAGACUCUCUUCAUUUUGAUUGCAACCUUCACAUUACACAGGUUCGGGCGCCGGAAGCUGCUGCUGACGAGCAUCGACGGCAUGGCGGCGUCAAUGGCGUUGCUGGCUUUAGGGCUGACGGUAAUUGACCACUACACGGACCAUAAGGUGACGUGGGCCCUGGCGCUGAUGAGCAUAACGAUGGUGCUAGUCUACGUGGCGUUCUUCUCCAUGGGAAUGGGGCCCAUCACGUGGGUGUACAACUCAGAGAUAUUCCCGCUGCGGCUGAGGGCCACCGGGGUGAUAUCCACGACGUUCAUGUCGCUGUACAAAGCUGUCACCAUCGGCGACGCGUUCUACAUGUAAAGCGGCGGCACCGUCGUCUCGUUCCUGUUCU